UGUUCUUAAAGGAUUUUCAAAAGUAGAUCCCAAGCAAGCAUCAACCCAUCUAGCCAUCCUUUCGACCAUGUACAAUUCCCUUGAAUCCACCUCAUACGGCAGAUUCAAGACAUACAAGACGAUUGUCCAGGUUGCAUCAGCAGGCGAUGAAUUGGAUGCAGUGGUUGACACACUUACCUAUCUUGAAGAUUGGAUUUCUGAAUGGCAACUAACUCUUGUUGAUCGUCGUGCCCUCUAUCUUUUGCUGAGUGUUGAGCUUGGUAAAUCAGAAUCAUGCUUGAUUCAGGCACAGAGCUGUCUCUUGCGCUACCUUAACACAUACCAAGGCUUAACCAAAGAAGUCAAUACAGAAUCAAUCAACACUUUGGCUGUCAAGGCUCUUGUUCAAGCCAUAUCUAUCCCCGAAGUGCUCAACUUUGAGGAUGUGUUGAGUUUGACUGCUGUCCAGGCACUCGGGUCUACCAAGAUCUUUGAGCUUGCCAAGAUCUUUCUUGAUCAGUCGCUUACUAAAUACAAAGCAUUUGUUACCAAAAACCCCAAAUUUGUGCGAGAACAAGGUCUUUCACAAGAUGCCAAUAUUCGAAAAAUGCGUAUUCUGUCACUUGCUACACUUGCGACUGAACACUUGCAGGGAGAAGUGUCUUAUUCUACUAUUUCAAAAGCACUUGAUGUGUCAGAGGAUGAUGUCGAAUUUUGGGUUAUUGAUGCAAUUCGUGCAGGUCUUGUAGAUGCCAAGAUCAAUCAGCUAAAACAAACCAUUUUGGUCAGUCGUGCAACCCAACGUGUAUUUGGAGUCCCACAAUGGAAGCUGCUUCAGUCUCGCAUGUUGCUAUGGAAAAACAAUCUUGGAGAGUGUUUGCAGGUUAUUGAAAAGUCCAAGCCGCAAUUGACUGAAGCUGCAGCACACAUCACAUCUGCCUGAUUUUAGAUUGGGGACCAGCUUGAGGUUUUUGAAUGAAGGUUGUGGUAAUCUUAACAGUC